AUGUCCAGCCCCACCAAAACAUCCGAAACCCAGCGCCUACUCGAACAACAAAGGAAGUUGGCAGAGGAGAAGAUGCGGGAGAGGGCGGAGAAAGCGAGGCAGAGACGGUUGGAGGAGGAGAGGGAGAAGGCUGAGGAGGAGGAGAUGGCCCAGGCGCUUGCGGCAGUGGAGCAAGCGGCGGAAGAGGAGCGGCUGCGAGAGGAAGCGGCGGCUCAACAACGGCUGCAAGAACAGGAGGCGGCUGAGAGGCGUAAAGCGGCGGCCAGGAAAAGGGCCGAGGAGAAGAGGGCUGAGGAGGAGAGGAGGAAAAGGGCCAAAGAAGAACAAAAGGCCGAAGAGGAGCGAGCAGCCGAAGCAGCACAGCAGGCGGCUAGGCCUACGGCCUACCCAAGCACGGACAAGGAGGACGAAGAAGUGUGGCUAACGGCUGUCGUAGAUGAAAGUAGUUCAGAGGGCGAGAGUGGGAGUGAGGGAGAAGGAAGAAGGGGCAAGGAGAAGGAGAAGGGGCAAGAAGAAGAAGAUGAAGACGAAGACGAAAAGGAUGACGAGGAGCCGGAGACGGCUGCGGCCACGAAGGGGAAGACGAAGACGGCAUGCAAGGUGAAGUCGCAAGACGAGAGGAACCGGAUCCGGGACGAGGGGAUCGCAAAGGCAGAGGCGAGCUGGCCUGUGAUGCAGGAGCCAUGUGCCCACUGCAUCGCAGCUGGCAUUUGUUGCCAAUGGAAUCCGGGUGCUGUGGAGAAGUGGCGUACAGCCGUCGAGAACAGCAAGGGGAAGAAGUGCGCGCCACCUGGUGUCUAUGCCCGGCUUGCAUGCGCGCCAAGAUUACCCCCAGCAACCAAGGAAGGUGUUGAAGCUUUAGCUGAUGCUAUUGCGACAGCAUUCUCGGACGCGUGGUCUGCCCACUCGACCGAGUCCAAACCUACCAAGCGCUCCAAGUCCUGGUGGACGGACGAGUGCUCGGAGACUUUCGGAAUAUAUCAGUUGAGCCGCUCGCUCGCUGAUUAUAACAAGUUUAAAAAGGCGUGUAAGGACGCCAAGCGUGAUUUCUUCGAUGAACGCAUCGCAGAAAUCGCUACCUCUCGCAAGCGCCCAUGGGACCUAAUGGAAUGGGUCAAACAGCGCAAGCUACCACCCUGUGAGGCUAUUCGCAAUGACGACCAGCCCUGCCACGAUAUGGGCGACCUUUGGGACGCCCUACACGGCACGUACAACUCGGCCUCUGGUCGCGAGUACGACGCCUCAGUAUUAGACGAGCUUCCUGAUGAGCCAGUCCGUGAGUGGGCUGACUUUUCGGAGCAUGAGUUGUUGAGUGCCCUUAAGGGGUGCUCUAAUUCCUCUGCACCAGGCCCGGACCACGUCACAUGGGUCCACCUAAAGGAGCUGCUCAAGGAUAAACACGUCCUUGCGCUCUUCAUCGUGUUGGCCAAUGCUUGCCUUCGGGUGGGUCAUUGGCCACGUAUAUUCAAGGAGUCGCUAUCGGUUAUCGUCCCGAAGCCGAACAAGCCCUCCUACUCCGUGCCGAAGGCCUUUAGGCCAAUCGUACUCCUCAUCACUUUCGGUAAACUUAUCGAAAAGAUGAUUGCCAAUAGGAUACAGUUUGACGCCGUCAAGCAUGAUAUCUUCCAUCCCAACCAACUUGGCGGUAUCCGCCAGAGGUCAACUGAGGAUGCUGGAUUGAUUCUGACCCAUCUCGUGCGAGCGGGGUGGGUUAAGGGUCUCCAGACUAGCGCGCUGGCUUUUGACAUCGCGCAGUUCUUCCCUUCUAUUAACCAUGAGAUGUUCAUGGCUGUUCUUCGUAAGCAAGGGUUUUCGCCGGUUCUGGUGGAGUUCUUUGCCUCUUAUCUCGUUGGUCGAUCCACGGUUUACUGUUGGAACACCUUCCAAUCCGACUCACGGUCUGCGGACGUGGGUGUCGGGCAGGGCUCUGCUCUCUCGCCUGUUAUCUCUGGGCUGUUCAUUGCUCCGGUGAUGAAGCUCUUCUUUACAUCAAAGCGGCGCCACUCAACAUGA